AUGAAAUCUGCUUCUAAAUCAGCGUCUAUGAUCAUAACAAUGUUCACAUAGCAGAAGUAAAGUUUAAAAUUAAUUAUGUAGCUAAGAAAUGCAACUUGCCUAAGCCAAGAAGGAAUUUGAUGAGAUGGCCAAGGAGAUAGCAGACAGAAGAAAGAAAUUACUGUUCUAACUAGAAAAGGGCAAAAAAAAGGAGGUAGAAAAAGUUGAUGCGUCAAAAGCAGAAAAAUUCAAAACAAUGGUAUUUUUUUAACUAACAAAAUAGGAUGAGCACAGAAUUCCGUUAGAGGAACUUGAAUAGAGGUUUCAAACUAAUGCAAAGACAGGCCUAACGAGGGAAGUUGCGGAUCAAAAACUAGUGGAGUUUGGAAAAAAUGAAUUGAGUUAAAAAGAGAAAGAGCCCUGGUAUAUGAAGCUAAUUCAUGAAUUGACGUCAAUGUUUGCUUGGCUAUUGUGGGCUGGAGCUGCAUUAUGCUUUUUGGCUUAUGGCCUGGCACCAGAAGAUCCUUCUAACGUAUUUAUAUUAUAUUACAUCAUUAGCUGUAUUUAGGUAUUGUAAUUAUGGUUGUUAAUACAUUAACUGGAAUUAUAACAUUUUUUUAAAAUGCAAAAUCUGAGGCAAUCAUGGAUGCAUUCAAAAAUUUCAUUCCUCCUGAAACAUUAGUUAUCAGAGAUGGAUAAUAAUAAAAAUUUCCAGCUUCCAAUUUAGUGCCUGGUGAUGUCGUAGUAAUUGAAAAUGGUAAGAGAAUUCCAGCCGACAUCAGAAUAUUGGAGAGCAAUGAAAUGAAGGUGGAUAACUCAAGUCUUACAGGGGAGUCAUUAUUAUUAUUAAGAUCGCCUGAGUGUACUAAUCAGACUAACCCUUUGGAAACUAAAAAUUUGGCAUUUUUUGGUACUCUUUGUAAAGAAGUAUAAUUGAAAUAUUGAAAAAUAGGGUAAUGGGAAGGGAAUGGUUGUAUUUACUGGAGAUAAUACUGUUAUUGGAUAAAUUGCAGGAUUGGUCGAUAGUUCUGGAGGAGAUGAUACAACUCUAAGAAGGGAACUAAAUGUGUUCAUUAAAUAUAUAGCAGUAAUUGCUAUUUCCAUAGGUGUCAUAUUUUUUGUUUUGGGUUUCAUUAUUGGAUAUCGUAAAAUAUAUUGAUAAUUAUAGCCGCCAUUACUAAUCUUGUAUUUGCUAUUGGUAUUAUUGUCGCAAAUGUUCCAGAAGGACUUCUAGCAACAGUAACAGUAGCUUUAACUCUAACAGCGAAGAAAUUAGCAUACAAAAAGGUGUUGGUAAAGAAUUUGGAAGGAGUUGAAACUUUGGGAUCUACGUAAAAUUUAUGCUUUAUAUUAAAGAUCAUGUAUUUGUUCAGAUAAAACUGGUACUUUGACUUAAAAUAAGAUGACUGUUGAAAAUUUGUGGUAUAACAAUAAAAAAUACAAGGGAGCGAAUAAAGAGAAGAUGGGACCUAAAUUUAAUUAUGAAUAUGAUCUCAAUGAAGUCGGAUUUAAAACGUUGCAUGAAACUGCAAUUCUAUGUUCUGAGGCUACUUUUGAUACUGCUCUUCCUUAGGAACAAUAAAUCAGAAUUUAAAAUGCCAUUGGUUUGAAUCAAUAACAAAAAGAUUAAAAAAUGAAAGAGGCAAUUGAAAAAUGGAAUCAGAAUUUCCAGAAAAUGACAUGUUAAGAAAAACCAACAAUUGGUGAUGCUUCAGAAACAGCCUUAAUUAAAUUCUUUUAACCAAUAAACGAUAUCAUUUAAACUAGACAAAGCAGAUAAGUUGCAAGGGAUAAUGAGCAUAAGAUGGCCAAGAUGCCCUUUAAUUCAACCAAUAAAUAUGCAUUUAUCAUAGUUGAGUAUGAAACUCCAGAUUCACAUUAUUGUCUUUUAACUAAAGGUGCACCUGAAAGAAUUUGGGGACUUUGUGACUCAGCAUAUAACAAUGGAAGAGUAGAAUUAAAAGAUGAAAAAUGGGAACAAUCAUUCGUUUAAAUAAAUGAAUAAUUUGGAAGAUAAGGAGAAAGAGUACUUGGAUUCUCUAAAUUGCAUUUACCAAAAGAAUAAUUCCCAAUAGGAUAUUAAUUUAACCUUGAUAAGAUGAAUUUCCCAUUUAACAAAUAAGUCUUUGUUGGUUUGAUAUCCUUAAUUGAUCCUCCAAAGGAUAAUGUACCUUACGCUGUUAUAAAAUGUAAGACAGCUGGUAUUUAAGUUAUUAUGGUUACUGGAGAUUAACCAGUUACUGCUGCUGCAAUUGCAAGGUAAUGUAAUAUUAUUACUGAAAAAACUGUUGAUGAAUUGAUGUAAGAGAAGGGUAUCUCUUUUGAAGAGGCAUUCCAUCAAUCAAAUGCUUUAGUAAUUCACGGAGAUAAAUUAACCAAAAUGGCUAUUGAUGAUGAAGGUUUACCUGAAGAAGAUAAAGGAAGACAACUAUAAGAAUGGUUAAGUAAACCAUAAUUAGUGUUUGCAAGAACAAGUCCAGCAUAAAAGUUGAUUAUUGUGGCUGGUUGUUAAAGGAGAGGUCACAUAGUUGCAGUUACAGGAGAUGGAGUCAAUGACAGUCCAGCAAUUAAGAAGGCUGAUAUUGGAAUUGCUAUGGGAAUUACUGGUUCUGAUGUUGCAAAAGAUGCUGCUGAUAUGAUUCUGUUGAAUGACGAUUUCUCAAGUAUUGUCGUUGGAAUUGAAGAAGGAAGAAAGAUCUUUGACAACUUGAAGAAGAGUAUUGCAUAUUGUUUGACUUCCAAUAUCUCAGAAUUACUUCCAUUUUUAGGAUUUGUUAUCUUUAGAAUUCCUUUACCCUUGACUACUGUGUUGAUCUUAUGUAUUGAUAUUGGAACAGAUAUUUUCCCUUGCACUACAUAUGUUUUUGAAGAUGCAGACAUAGAUAUUAUGACAAGAAGGCCUCGGUCUCAAGAUGAACAUCUUGUGAGUGGAAAGUUGUUGGUCUAUGCAUAUGUGUAGAAUGGAGUUCUAUCAACCUAUUGUGGUUAUUUCUAAUGGUUUGUAACUUUGUAUGAUUUUGGAUUUAAUCCAUAAGAUUUACUAUUUAUAGGAGUAAGAGAAACCAUUCUGCCGAAAACAGGGGAUUAGUAUGAUCCAACUGACCCUUGGUUUGGAAAUUCGAAUUUAAAAAGAAUUUAUGAAAAUGGAAAAUGUGAUUUUCCAUUCCCUGAGGAAGAGAUUGAGGAAAUCGAUUGGAUUUAUGCUAAUCAUGCUAAAUUAGAUCUAAGAAUGGCUUAUAUUGAAUGCAAAGAUGGAGAAUUAAAGGAAGUGUUUUAAUGGGCUCCUUGUAGCGUUAAUUUAGUCUCUCCCUACACUAAAAGACCUUAUUGUUUCACAACUGAGGCUUCAAAUUAUGCUUAGACUUCAUUUUUCUAUGGCAUUGUGGUUGGGCAAAUAUGCAAUUAUUAAGGUUUGAGAUCUUUGAAAAACGCAGGAACCUUUUAAGGUACUCAAUUAUUAUUUCAUUAUAGGGUUCUCCAAUUACUAUAUGUUCUUUGGAUUUUGGGUGGAAUUCAUGUUGACCGUAGCUCUUUCCUAUAUUGAAGUGUUCAAUACCGUAUUUGGAACUAGAGAUCUAUUAUUCAUUCAUUAUGGAAUAUGUGCUCUGCCAUUUGCAUUGAUUAUGUUAAUAUGGGCUGAAGGAAGAAAAUGGAUGGUAAAUCUUUUAAUUAAUCUAAUUAGAUAAGAGCCUCAAAAUCAAAAACAAAUUAUCCAAGUUGGUGGGAAAGAUGCGUUGUAUUUUGAUUUAUUAUGAAA